UGGAAGAAUUGUGAAUUUGGUGCUUUUUAUGCACAUUGGAAGAAGAACCACGACUGUUUUUUGUUGUUUUUUAGAUUAUCUGACGCAUAUAUCUGAACACAGGAGUGAAUGAGAGCCGCUCGAUGUGACUGUGGCACACGUCGACCAUGAGUAACAGUCACCCUCUGCGUCCACUGGCCUCCGUGUCGGAGAUCGACCACAUCCACCUGCUGUCGGAGCAGCUGGGAGCCCUGGUGCUCGGUGAAGAGUACAGCGAUGUUACCUUCAUCGUAGAGGGGAAGCGCUUCCCUGCGCACCGGGUCAUCCUGGCAGCGCGCUGUCACUACUUCAGAGCUCUGCUGUACGGUGGGAUGAAAGAGUCCCAGCCCCAGGCAGAGGUGUGUCUGGAGGAGACGCGGGCCGAAGCCUUCUCGAUGCUGCUAAACUACCUGUACACGGGCAGGGCCAGCCUCAGCUCCGCCCGGGAGGAGGUGCUGCUGGACUUCCUGGGCCUGGCUCACCGCUACGGCCUGCAGCCGCUGGAGGACUCUACCUCCGAGUUCCUGCGCACCAUCCUGCACACCAACAACGUCUGCCUGGUCUUUGACGUGGCCAGUCUCUACUCUCUGAGCGCGCUCAGUGCAGCCUGCUGUGCUUACAUGGACAGACACGCACCUGAGGUGUUGAAUUCUGACGGCUUCCUCUCGCUCUCCAAGACUGCUCUUCUGACCGUGGUCAGCAGAGACUCAUUUGCCACCAGCGAGAAGGAGAUCUUCCAGGCCUUGUGUCGCUGGUGCCGGCAGCACGAGGAGGGGGCUGACACGCAGGAAGUGAUGUCAGCGGUGCGGCUGCCUCUCAUGACCCUGACGGAGAUGCUGAACGUGGUGCGACCGUCCGGCCUCCUCAGCCCAGACGACCUGCUGGACGCCAUUAAGACCCGCUCCGAGAGUCGCAACAUGGACCUGAACUACCGCGGGAUGCUCAUACCAGAGGAGAACAUUGCCACCAUGAAGUACGGAGCUCAGGUGGUGAAAGGGGAGCUGAAGUCGGCGCUGCUGGACGGGGACACCCAGAACUACGACCUGGACCACGGCUUCUCCAGACACCCCAUCGAGGAGGACGGCAGGGCCGGGAUCCAGGUCAAACUGGGCCAGCCGUUCAUCAUCAACCACAUGCGUCUCCUGCUGUGGGACAGAGACAGCCGGUCGUACUCCUACUACAUCGAGGUGUCCAUGGAUGAGCUGGACUGGGUGCGUGUUGUGGACCAUUCCAAAUACCUGUGCCGCUCGUGGCAGAAUCUGUACUUCACACCACGAGUUUGCAGGUAUGUUCGCAUCGUGGGAACACACAACACGGUCAACAAGGUCUUCCACCUCGUGGCUUUUGAAUGCAUGUUCACAAACCACCCAUUCACCCUGGAGAACGGGCUUGUGGUGCCCAGUGAGAACGUGGCGACCAUCGCGUCCUGUGCCAGCGUCGUCGAGGGCGUGAGCCGCAGCAGGAAUGCCUUGCUCAACGGUGACACGCGCAACUACGACUGGGACUCCGGAUACACCUGCCAUCAGCUGGGCUCUGGAGCCAUCGUCAUCCAGCUGGCUCAGCCCUACUCCAUCGGCUCCUUGAGGCUGCUGCUCUGGGACUGUGACGAGCGCUCCUACAGUUACUACAUCGAGGUCUCCACCAACCAGCAGCAGUGGACGAAGGUGGUCGACCGCACCAGGGUGGCGUGUCGAUCAUGGCAGACCUUGAAGUUCGAUAAGCAGCCUGCGUCCUUCAUCCGUAUUGUUGGGACUCACAACACUGCUAAUGAGGUCUUCCACUGUGUUCACUUCGAGUGUCCGGCCCAGCUCAACGCCGAGGUGAACGAAGGCAGUCCGGGCCUGAACUCCUCCGACUCUGGCUCCGCCCCCCAGCAGCCGCGACCCCAGCGACCUUCACGCACACACAGCCUGCUGCCUUCCCAGCCCUCUUCCACCUCAUCGUCGUCCUCGCAGUCCCAUCCUUAAGAGGAGGGGGUGGGGGGGGGACCUCACAAUGCCAUUUUGCACAGCCGUCAUCAUCCAGACUGCACUGCUACAACGCUGCUAACGUCCGGCGAUCGUCUCAUUGUCAUUACCCAUGGUCCCUCUGUCAUAAGUGCAACAUUAGAGACUGGUUUAUCUGUAGCAGCAGCAUCUAGGGCUCCAGUCUUCCCAGUUCUGAAACUGAUAGUUGGGUGUUAACAUCCACUGGUUCAUGCAUUUUUGUGAAGGUACUUUUUUAGCUACUAAGACUCGAGUUUUUUCCCUUCAAAACGAAGUGGAAACUUUACUUCUCCAAAGAUGAGGCACACACUGAAACGUGGUUUUCCCAACCACCAAAGAGCAGUAAGA